AUGGCGGAUCUUGCAGUUUUGAGAGAGUUGUCACCGAGUGAGAAAGCUUUACAAGGGCAACAUGACAUAGCAUCUACAACCGGCCAUGGAUUUCUCAUCUACGACAAGUCAUUCAGAGAGAUCGUUGGCACUUCUGCAGCUCUGGAGUGUGUAAUCGAAGACGAUUUACCAUUUGCACAUGAAGCUGCUGUAUACUUCCCUAACCAGGAUUCGUUAUUUGUCACCAGUAACAGGUGCAAGUGGAACCAGACUGAUGUGGCCUCCAUCAUGGUUCACAAGCUCAAAAGAGACAGUAAUGGCAGGUGGACGAAGACAAGGGUGGAUACCGACAUCACCAUGGCAAACGGAGGCGUCAAUUACCAGACCAGUAUACUUUUCUGCGCCCAAGGAGACCAUUCUUCCAGGGGAGGUCUCGUAUUCAUGGAAGCCGAGGCCCCUUACAAAGCCCAGAUGCUCGUGAACAGCUAUCAUGGGCGAAGGUUUAAUUCGGUCAACGAUGUCGUGAUCAAAUCAGACGGGUCAGUGUGGUUCACCGACCCGAUCUACGGCUCAGAGCAAGGCUUCUGCCCGAAGCCGCAGUUGCCAAAUCAGCUGUACCGCUUUGAACCAGAAACCGGAAGCAUUAGGGCAGUCGCCGAUGGAUUCGGGAGACCGAACGGACUGUGUUUCUCUCCCGAUGAACAGACACUCUAUGUGACCGAUACAGAUUGGGUUCAUGGUGAUGGUACAACAGACGAUACUCGCGCAUCUUCGAUGUAA